CAGGCUCCUUUAGGCUGUAAACGCCUUACAGUCCACGGAUAUGGCUGCCGCUGCAACAUUAUCGACAUGUGCGGCUCUGGCUAAGCGAACACGAGCGACACAUUGGUUGCAAGGAAGCUUUCCAAAUUUGCGAGAUACCUAUUGCUGUGGCAGCAGCUCUAUCGGUUUUGCAUCUACUAUGCGACUAUACUCUCUGUGGUCUUCUGCAAAACCAUGGGGCGCGGGUGUAUCGCCAACGUGGGGAACAGGCGAAUUGGGGCGGCGAGCGUAUUCUGGACUUCAUCAAUUCGAUACAUAUAAACUUGUGCAGAGAUUGGAAGCCGAUGGGUUCAGUCGGGAAAGCGCGGAGGCCAUAAUGGCAAGCUUGUCCGAGGUUGUGGGGGAGAGCAUAAAUAAUAUUAGCCGGACCUCUGUUACCAAGUCGGAUUUCGAAAAGGCUAUGUAUAUAAACAAAGUGGAUUUCGCACAUGUACGAAAUGAAAUUCAGAUGCUUGAGAAGAAUGACUUUGCCCUUCUCCGAUCUGACAUCGGUCGUCUCAACGCGGAAGUGGAAAAGUUCCGAACGCGGAUGAUAGAGGAUUUGCGACGAGUUCAGUCAAACGUACGCCUGGAGCUUAGUCUAGAGAAGGGGCGGAUCCGUGAUGAACAGUCUGCUCAAGAAUUGAAGAUCAAAGAAGCCGAUUCUCGCAUUGAUACCGAAGUGUCUACAUUAAGAACUCAAAUGGAAACGAUUCAAUGGGAGCUUUUCAAAACGCUUUUCCCUCUUUUUUGCGCGGCCGGAGCCUUAUUCUUCAGUAUGUUGCUCACUUUAAAGAAAUAAAAAGCCCCACAUGGGUUAUCUCCGCUUCGUGAAAUAACCAAUGCAUCUCGAUAUGUAUCAUACAAUAAUAUAACAAUAGAUUAUCUAUUUUCUGAAGCAAUAAAUCUUGUACAG